AGUGAUUCCAUGGGGGAACUAAAGAGAAACACCUCUCUCUCUCAAUCUCUGCACCAUGGAAUCAAAAGAUCUUCAUGUGUUAUUCAUCCCUUUCUUGGCCCAUGGCCACAUGAUUCCCAUGAUGGAGACUGCUCGAGCCUUCGCGGAACGUGGCGUGACUGUUUCAGUAAUCACCACCCCCGCCAACGCCUCGUAUUUUCAAAAGACCAUCGACCGUGCUGCUCGCACCCGCCACUUUAUCAAGCUCCAUUUCGUCCAUUUCCCUUGUUCUGAGGCUGGCUUACCAGACGGCUGCGAAAAUACCGACCACGUCACCUCCCCAGCCAUGCCCCCGGGUUUCUGGAAAGCCAUCGGCAUGAUCCAGACCCCAGUAGAGCGACUCAUCGAAGAACACCGCCCAAGCUGCAUCGUCUCUGACAUGUGCUUGCCAUGGACAGUUGACAUUGCUCGCAAGCACGGCAUACCGAGGCUUGGUUUCGGUGUGAGCAGCUUCUUCUCCAUUGUUGCUUGGGAAUGCGUAAGACGUUACAGACCCCACGACAAUGUUGAUAAUGACUUUGAGAAAUUUGUUGUGACUGGUCUCCCACAUCGAAUUGAGAUGACAAGGUCUCAAUUGCCUGACUUUUUAAGAGUCCGAAGUGGUUUCACCGAUUUCAUAGAUCGUAUCGACAGAGCUAACGAUAUGAGCUACGGCAUCCUUGUCAACACUUUCUAUGAAGUGGAGCCAGCUUACGUGGACUACUAUAGAGAGUCGGGUAGGAAGGCAUGGACUAUCGGCCCAGUUUCUUUCUGCAAUCAAGACAUCCUAGACAAGUCUGAGAGAAUAAAAAAGGCUUGCAUUGACGAAGACUAAUGUCUCAGAUGGCUCGACUCCAUGAAGGUGAGCUCGGUUAUCUAUGUUUCUUUUGGGAGUGUCGUCAUCCACUCCGACCAACAGCUGCUCGAGACAGCAUUUGCACUGGAAGCAUCCGGCCACCCAUUCAUUUGGGUGGUGAAACGCCAUGAUUCAUCAUCAUCAGAUGAAGCAUGGUUGCCGAUCGGAUUUGAGGAGAGGAUGAAGGGGAAAGGCCUAAUAAUAAGAGGGUGGGCCCCACAAGUCGUCAUACUCAAUCAUCCAUCCAUUGGAGCGUUCGUGACGCACUGCGGUUGGAAUUCGGUGCAGGAGGGGGUGCAUGCAGGCCUACCGAUGAUCACGUGGCCUUCCUUCGCGGAGCAGUUCUGGAAUGAGAAGUUGAUAACGGACGUGUUGAAAAUCGGGGCUGGCAUAGGGGUUAUGGAAUGGGUUGGGUGGAUGCAAAAGGAGUGGCCAUUUGUGAAGAGGGAGGACAUAGAGAAGGCUAUAAGGCGUGUGAUGGACGGAGGAGAAGAAGCUGAUGGAAUGAGAAAGCGAGCGAAAGAGCUUGGGAAAAUCGCCAAGGGCGUUGUGGAUGUAGGUGGAUCGUCUUACAAUGACCUGACCCGUCUGAUCGAGGAGCUGAAGACGUGUGUCCAGCAACAAAACAACCAACACUAAGAUUGAAUGAUGGACGGUGAGCAUCAGUUAUAUGUAGAAAAAUAACAAACUAGUAACUUAAGAUUACGUGUCCCCUUCCACGUGCAGUUUGAUGAACGGUCUUGUUUUAAAGUAACUGGCUAUUAUAUUUGCAGCUGUGGUUGUAAGGCUGAUUAAUCUACACCGUCCAUCUAGCUUGUUUUAGCUUACUAAAAUGCCAUUAUCCGCGCCUGGAACUUUGGU